UUUACACAUUUUCUCAAGCCCAUCUCUGUUUUCUUCUCAAGUGUGUUUUCUUUCUCUCAAACCGUGUUUUUUCUCCCUGCUCGCACUCGCCGGAGAUCUGAAGCUUCUGAAUUCGAUCUUACAGUUUUAGUGAAGGGAGAUGUCAUCGCCUGCGACGUCGUAUUGGUGUUACAGAUGCACGCGCUUCGUUCGCAUGUGGACCCAAGAUAACGCCAUCACCUGUCCCCACUGCGACGGAGGGUUCAUCGAGGAGAUUCAGGCCACGCCUUCAUCGGAUAAUCCCCACCGUCGAUUCGCAGCCUCCGCCAUGUACUUGUUCGGAAACAACGGUCAAGAUUCUGAUCAGACCCCGAGCCUGGGAUCCCGCCGUAGCCGCCGAAGCUCCGGUAGCCGGUCACCGUUUAAUCCGGUCAUCGUACUCCGUGGGGGUACGGGGGAUUCUGCGGGGGAUGGGGAUGGAGAGAGGAACAGUUUCGAGUUGUACUACGACGAUGGUGCUGGGUCCGGGCUUCGUCCACUGCCGGCGACCAUGUCGGAGUUCUUGAUGGGCUCGGGCUUCGAUCGUUUGCUGGAGCAGCUUGCCCAGAUCGAAGUAACCGGAUUCGGGCGUCCCGAGAAUCCGCCUGCAUCGAAGGCAGCGAUAGAGUCUUUACCCACGAUCGAAAUUGCGGAUAGCCACGUUGGCUCUGAGUCUCACUGCGCCGUCUGCAAGGAAGCUUUCGAUCUUGGCGCGGAGGCCCGCGAGAUGCCGUGUAAGCACAUAUACCACUCGGACUGUAUCCUUCCCUGGCUUUCUCUAAGAAACUCGUGCCCGGUUUGCCGGCACGAGUUGCCGAGCGAGCGUAACGAGGGUGAUAACUCUGAGGAGGAGACGGUGGGGUUAACCAUAUGGAGGCUACCGGGAGGUGGGUUUGCGGUGGGGAGGUUUUCUGGGGGAAGAAGAGCAGCCGCGGAGAGAGAACUACCGGUUGUGUACACGGAAAUGGAUGGUGGCUUCGGGGCAAGUGGGGCUCCGAGAAGGGUUUCGUGGGUUUCGAGACGGAGUAGAGGAAGAGAGAGUGGUGGAUUUCGCAGGGCUUUCCGCAAUUUUUUCUCCUUCCUGAGGUUUAGGCCCAAUUCUUCAUCUUCGAACUCUGGGUCCGAAUCUCGGUCUAUGAGCAGAAGCCAUAGUCAUUCGGGUUCGGUGUUCAGUAGGUAUGUAAGAAGGCGGAGCAGCGCUUGGGUUUUGGAGGAUCAGAGUAGGAAUGGGAGGUGGUGAUUUUUUUUCUUUCUUUUCUGGGUAUAAAUGACAAAUUUUUGGAUUUUUUUUUCGUUUCUUUUAUAUAUCCCGGUUAACUGGGAUCGAUAUAUAGAAAGCAGUGGUCUUUUUGGCUGUACAUAGCUUUGAAUUUGGCGAUAAUUUCGAUUUGGUUCUUUA